ACAAAAGUGAGCGUAAAUAAUUUUAGUAAAAUGAAUAAUAUAAAAUUAAGAAGAUUAUAAGAAAAUAAUGAUAAUAAAGAAAAUGGAGUUGAAAAUAAUAAUAUAGAUAUUGCUUAAUAAUAAUAAACAGCAAAUGUAGAUCCUGUAGCUGAAAAAGAACCAAUUAAAGAUGAUAUUUAAGAAAAAGAUAAAGGAUAAAACGACGAAACAGUGUCUAAAGAAGAAUAAAGACUUAAAGACGAAGAAGAAUAAAGACUUAAAGACGAAGAAGAAUAAAGACUCAAAGACGAAGAAGAAUAAAAACGCAAAGAUGAAGAAUAAAGACUUAAAGACGAAGAAGAAUAAAAACAUAAAGACGAAGAAGAAUAAAGACUUAAAGACGAAGAAGAAUAAAGACAUAAAGACGAAGAAGAAUAAAGACUUAAAGACGAAGAAGAAUAAAGACUUAAAGACGAAGAAGAAUAAAGACUUAAAGACGAAGAAGAAUAAAAACGUAAAGAUGAAGAAUAAAGACUUAAAGAAGAAGAAAGAAUAAAGACUUAAGGACGAAGAAGAAUAAAGACUUAAAGACGAAGAAUAAAAACUUAAAGACGAAGAAGAAUAAAAACGUAAAGAUGAAGAAUAAAGACUUAAAGACGAAGAAGAAUAAAAACUUAAAGAAGAAGAAGAAUAAAGACUUAAAGACGAAGAAGAAUAAAAACGUAAAGAUGAAGAAUAAAGACUUAAAGACGAAGAAGAAUAAAGACUUAAAGACGAAGAAGAAUAAAGACUUAAAGAUGAAGAAUAAAGACUUAAAGACGAAGAAGAAUAAAAACUUAAAGACGAAGAAGAAUAAAGACUUAAAGACGAAGAAGAAUAAAGACGUAAAGAUGAAGAAUAAAGACUUAAAGACGAAGAAGAAUAAAGACUUAAAGACGAAGAAGAAUAAAGACUUAAAGACGAAGAAGAAUAAAGACUUAAAGACGAAGAAGAAUAAAGACUUAAAGACGAAGAAGAAUAAAAACUUAAAGACGAAGAAUAAAGACUUAAAGACGAAGAAGAAUAAAGACGUAAAGAUGAAGAAGAAUAAAAACGUAAAGAUGAAGAAUAAAGACUUAAAGACGAAGAAGAAUAAAGACUUAAAGACGAAGAAGAAUAAAAACGUAAAGAUGAAGAAUAAAGACUUAAAGACGAAGAAGAAUAAAAACGUAAAGAUGAAGAAGAAUAAAAACGUAAAGAUGAAGAAUAAAAACAUAAAGAAGAAGAAGAAUAAAGACUUAAAGACGAAGAAGAAUAAAAACGUAAAGAUGAAGAAUAAAGACUUAAAGACGAAGAAGAAUAAAAACAUAAAGAAGAAGAAGAAUAAAGACUUAAAGACGAAGAAGAAUAAAAACGUAAAGAUGAAGAAUAAAGACUUAAAGACGAAGAAGAAUAAAGACUUAAAGACGAAGAAGAAUAAAAACGUAAAGAUGAAGAAUAAAGACUUAAAGACGAAGAAGAAUAAAAACGUAAAGAUGAAGAAGAAUAAAAACGUAAAGAUGAAGAAUAAAAACAUAAAGAAGAAGAAGAAUAAAGACUUAAAGACGAAGAAGAAUAAAAACGUAAAGAUGAAGAAUAAAGACUUAAAGACGAAGAAGAAUAAAAACAUAAAGAAGAAGAAGAAUAAAGACUUAAAGACGAAGAAGAAUAAAAACGUAAAGAUGAAGAAGAAUAAAAACGUAAAGACGAAGAAGAAUAAAAACAUAAAGAAGAAGAAGAAUAAAGACUUAAAGACGAAGAAGAAUAAAAACGUAAAGAUAAAGAAUAAAGACUUAAAGACGAAGAAGAAUAAAGACUUAAAGACGAAGAAGAAUAAAAACGUAAAGAUGAAGAAUAAAGACUUAAAGACGAAGAAGAAUAAAAACGUAAAGAUGAAGAAGAAUAAAAACGUAAAGAUGAAGAAUAAAGACUUAAAGACGAAGAAGAAUAAAAACAUAAAGAAGAAGAAGAAUAAAGACUUAAAGACGAAGAAGAAUAAAAACGUAAAGAUGAAGAAUAAAGACUUAAAGACGAAGAAGAAUAAAGACUUAAAGACGAAGAAGAAUAAAAACGUAAAGAUGAAGAAUAAAGACUUAAAGACGAAGAAGAAUAAAAACGUAAAGAUGAAGAAGAAUAAAAACGUAAAGAUGAAGAAUAAAAACAUAAAGAAGAAGAAGAAUAAAGACUUAAAGACGAAGAAGAAUAAAAACGUAAAGAUAGAAGAAUAAAGACUUAAAGACGAAGAAGAAUAAAAACAUAAAGAAGAAGAAGAAUAAAAACGUCUUGA